UUCUUCCUCAUUCUCUCAUCUAUCAGUUUCCUCAUUUCAAGCGUUUGCCCCUUUCUCGUUUUCUCUCUCUGAUUCCUUCCCAUUUCUUCUUCCUCUGCCUUUUUGUUUGAAGGGCUUCUCUCUGAAUAGUCAAAGAGGUUUGUGAUCAACCAUGGCCAAAAGCUCCUUCAAGCUGGAACACCCCCUUGAGAGGAGGCAGGCAGAAGCUGCUCGUAUCAGGGAGAAGUAUCCUGACAGAAUUCCGGUUAUUGUGGAGAAAGCUGAAAGAAGUGACAUACCAGACAUCGACAAGAAGAAGUAUCUGGUUCCUGCUGAUCUGACUGUUGGGCAGUUUGUUUAUGUGGUUCGGAAGAGGAUAAAGCUUAGUGCUGAGAAGGCCAUAUUUAUAUUUGUCAAGAACAUUUUGCCACCUACUGCUGCAAUGAUGUCGGCAAUCUAUGAGGAAAACAAAGAUGAGGAUGGUUUCCUUUAUAUGACUUACAGUGGAGAAAAUACAUUCGGAUCCCUUUAAGUGCAGCUAAGCUGAGUAUCUGUAAAUAUAACCUUAAUAAGUAUGGAAUAUGUAUAUUCUUUUGACUUCUGCUACUGCAACCCAAAUUUGAGGUUGCUUUUCUUAUAAUGCCUAUUGAUGUACUGUUCUGUUAACUGUUGGAUCUAUGGUUAUGCCUUUAUUAUGGCAAUAUUGCAUGGACUGCAACCUAAAUUUGAGGUUGCUUUUCUUAUAAUGCCUGCUUAUAACUGUUGGAUCUAGGGUUAUACCUUUAUUAUGAAAAUAUCGCAUGGUUAUC